CAUGGCGGAACAUAUUUAUCUCUUGUACAAGGCACCUUUGUGAUAACUUCCGUCACUCCUUGACUCCUUCGAUAUCAUCCAGCCAUAUUAUUCUUCCUAAUAUUCGAAUACUAGUGUCACCAAGCGUGAGCUUCUCAGUGGAAGCGAAGGGCAGUCGUCUGUGUACUGGAACCCAACCAACGACAUGUCCCUCACGUGGCGUAUCACCCUCAAGGGCGACGUGGUUAACGGCCCGGAGGAUUACUUCGGCGAGUCGCUCGGCGUCAUUUUCCCCGACGACAUCACCAACCAGCAUGGCGACGCCGAGCACUCGCUGAUCUAUACGUCACCGCAUCUACCCAAGCCGCUGCACAUCGACCUCGCUGACCCCGUCAGGGAGGAAGACCGUAACCUCUUCAGCCACUACCUAUGGAACGCAUCGUUGUUACUGGGCGAGUUCGUCGAGGCCGACUCCCUCGGCGUGCCGCUCGACCAGCCGCGUGCCGCCCAGGAGAGCCUAUCGUUUGAUGUCAAGGGGUUAGACACACUCGAGCUCGGCGCUGGCACAGCGUUGCCUAGUAUCAUGGGCGGCCUGUUAGGUGCUCAUCGCGUCGCCAUCACGGAUUACCCGGCUGAAGGCCUCCUCAAGACGAUCAACACCAACGUGGUCCGUAACCUACAACCGGGCCUGUCUCCGGCUGGCUCGGCCACGACACCUGCGUCCUCAGUCCUGGUCGAAGGUCACUUGUGGGGUGAGCUAGACGACUCCUUCAGCACGGCGAACCGCCACUCGUUCGACCGUAUCGUUGUUGCCGACUGCCUGUGGAUGCCGCAUCAGCACGUCAAUCUGCAUCGCAGCAUCGCCUUCUUCCUGCGUGAGGCCGCCGAUGCCCGUUGCUGGGUCGUCGCCGGCUUCCACUCCGGCCGCGAGAAGAUGCGCGGCUUUUAUGAUGCCGAAGCUCUGCGCAUGGUUGGCCUGGAGGUCGAGCACAUUUGGGAGCGGGACUGCAACGGCGUGGAGAGGCCGUGGGAUACGCAGCGCGAGGAUGAUGUGACUGAGCGCAAGCGGUGGCUCGUUGUUGCUUCUCUCAAGUGGAUUCAGACUUCUUGAAUCGGGACCCAGAUAUCGAAAACCUCUCUCUUUCUGAUCCCGCGGAUCCUUUCUCUCCCCAACUCCCAAGAUCCAGCGUCUGGUUGAGAGAAAGUGGGAACAACAGCCAGCUCUUAUACGCCUCGCCAACAACCCCCCUUCCCCUCAAAGCACACCACCACCCACAAUUCCCGCCCAUCCCUCCAAACACUUGGCUCCCACGUUGUCGUUGCUGUCACGACUUUGCCUAGCGUUCUGCAUUUCAGCUGUCCCACCCCCGCUUGGCAUGAUUGGCUCUGGCCUGGGCCCGUGGGGUCGUCGCCGCCCGCUCGAC